GCGAUCUUUCCCUCGUCUCUUUCCUUUCGCCACCACCCCCCGCUUCACUCCAUCUCUUCGUACUUAAACAGACCCCACCCCACUUCAGCCAACAUGUCCACAGAACAACACAACUUUCAGGCGUUCGACUUGUACGCCGACCAGCAGAAAUACUCGAACAAUCCGAACAACUUCGACUUCAGUUUCUUCCAGAACUCGGCUGGCGAAGACAACCUCAUCGUCCCAGCUUCUACCUUCGAGUCCGACCUCGACUUGAAUCUUGCUGAUAUCGACGAGACCGACCUUCAACUCUUGUCGGUUGCACCCGCUUUCACCACCCUCAGGAACGAGCCCGGUCCUUUGAGCACCAUCACCGUCUCUUCCGAGUCGGCUUACGACGGGUUCUCGACUGCGUCCGAGUCAUUCUACAACUUCCCUCUCUCCCCCGCUAAUUACGCCGGGUCGAGUUACUCGUCCUAUCCUCUCGAGAUGGAUUUUUCAGGUGUACGCAUCGGAUCUGACUACGGCGCUAUGGACCGUGCUGUGCCACAGCAACGGCGCUAUCAGCCCGCGGGAGAUAUGACAUCCUUCGGCGCCCUUCCCCCCUCUCCUCCGAUCUCCCCUCCCGUGCGCUAUGCGCCUAAGGCCCAUUCGGACUACAAUCCAGGGUCAAUGCACCACUCCCACACCCAGGCCCAUCCCCACACUCAACACUCCCGCCACCCGUCGUUGAGGUACCCAGUCUCCGGGUCCACUGCCGGCUACAUCUCUAGCUCGCACAGCGCUUCGCCUCACUCCGUUUCCCCAACCAACGUGUCCCCCCAGUUGCCGACCGUUCCGCCGAUCCCUCCCGUCCUUUCCGUCCAGGACGCCACCGAACUGGAGCUCGGUCAGUCUCGUCGCAAGCAUCAGUGCCCUCAGUGCAACCGAGCCUUCGCUCGCGCGUACAAUCUCAAGACCCACAUGGACACUCACAACCCCGACCGCCCCAAGCCCCACAUCUGCCCCUUCCGCUCCUGCGGCAGGUCUUUCUCUCGCAAGCAUGACUUGCAGCGCCACCGUGCGGCCAUCCACCGCGACCAAGGUGGUUCUGUGUCUUCCAUCACCGCCGAUGACCAGAAACUAGCGAUCGGCGUCGACAGGACGGCGAGAGCCUGGUGCGACGGAUGCGGAAAGAGUUGGUUCGGGAAGGAGAAGGCCUGCAACUGCGCCAAGUAAACUAUAACGGCUUGUAGACUCUGUUCUUAGCUUCGUUGCCAAGUAAUUGGCUGCGCGUCCGGCCACUUUGUCUGGAAGCCCCACUUCCCCGGUCGCUCCGCUGGAUCGUGGUGGGAUAUUGGACAUUGCUGUUUGGGUACGGUAUGGCUCUUGCUUGCGGACUUUGUCACUUGUCCUCCGCGUUUGCUGUACCCUCCUUCGACGCCACUGUAUGAUCUAUGAUCUUCAUUCAUCCGCGUCUGAUCCAUAGUUUCUUUUCUAAUUUCUAUUCUCUGAACACGAGACUCCUUUUUUUUUCUCCUAUCGACUGUCCUUGUUGAACUGCUUCGAUUCCUUCGUUCUGUGUUUUCUUCGCCAAAGUAUCGCGACUUCCCUCCCCUUCUGUUUUCCUGUCUCUGUAUGUCUCUUUGCGC